GUCCGUGAGCGCGCGCACACACCUCCCUCGUGCACGCGCCGCCUAGGUUCCGGGAGCAAAGUUCCCAGCGCAGCAGAAAGUUAGCUGAGCGCGUCGACGCUCCUCGAGCGGCAGCUUCUUUCUGCCUUGUCAGCCGCACCAGCUCCUCGCUUUCCGUCAGCAGAAGGCAAAGUCCGUGAGGGAGCGAGAGCGCGGGAGCGCGGGAGGGGAAGCCGCCGGGGCGAGACGGGGCAGCCCUUUUCCCCAAGCCGCUCAGGCUCGCUGCCUCCCUGGUUCCCGCCCCUUCUAGCCCUGGCUCCUCACCUUGCAACAAAGGAGGACUCCCGGGCCCCCAGGGCAGGAGGAGCCGGAGGAGGAGGAGGAAGAGGAGGAGGGCAGAGCCGGGCCGCCCUCCUCACCCUUUGCCACCCCAGAAGUGGAGUCCGCCUGAGCGGCGAAGGGGGUGGCUGGCCGGGCUCCCAGAGGCUUGAGAAGUGAGGGGGAGAGAAGCCGCCGCCGCCGCCUCCGCCUCUGGGGUGGAGCGCAAGCGGCCAGAAGAAGCAGGAGGCAGGUCGGUCGGUCGAGCGAGGAGUUUGGUUUCGAGCGGAGGAACGACUACGAGCGCGUCGUGUGAAACUUGUAGAAGGGAGGGAGGGAAGGAGGGCUUUCCCUUCCAGCGACUUGGCCGGGUUGCUUUGGCGCCUCGCCACCCGUCCCCGGGUCUCCGCUUGUUGCCUCGCUUCGGCCGCUGCGGAGAGAGAUCGAGAGACCGCCGGCAACUCGGGAGCGCCCUGGGCUCUGCGGUCUGACCGGUGGCUGCCGCCCUGGCUCUUCGGGCGCCAAGGGUGGUUCUGGGCAGGUAUUGAUUUUAAAGCGGACUGUGUUGCAAGAUUUUAAAUAAUUCUGUAUAGAAAACCUGAAUCUGGGGGAAAAAAAGAUGGCCAAAGUUUUAGAUACCGAACAAAGACAUGAAGAAGGGCACAGUGAAUUCAGCAACAUCAUUAAAUCUAGAUCUGAUGAACAUAAAGAUGUACAAAAGAAGACAUUCACAAAAUGGAUAAAUGCCCGUUUUUCAAAGUGUGGAAAACUGCCAGUAAAGGAUAUAUUCACAGAUCUCAGAGAUGGCAGGAAACUCUUGGAUCUCUUGGAGGGACUGACAGGGAAUCCAUUGCCAAAAGAACGUGGAUCCACAAGAGUCCAUGCUUUGAACAAUGUCAACAAAGUACUUCAGGUUUUACAUCAGAAAAAUGUGGAGCUGGUAAACAUAGGAGGAACUGACAUUGUUGAUGGAAAUCACAAAUUGACUCUUGGAUUGUUGUGGAGCAUAAUUUUGCACUGGCAGGUUAAAGAUGUCAUGAAAGAUAUAAUGUCAGACUUGCAGCAAACAAACAGUGAAAAAAUCUUGUUGAGUUGGGUGCGUCAGUCUACAAGGCCUUAUAGUGAGGUCAAUGUUUUGAACUUUACCACAAGCUGGGCGGAUGGGCUUGCUUUCAAUGCUGUGAUCCACAGACACAAACCAGAGCUCUUUGGCUGGAAUAAAGUAGUCAAGAUGACUCCAACUGAAAGACUGGAACAUGCCUUCAACAUAGCAAAAAAUUACCUGGGGAUAGAAAAAUUAUUAGACCCUGAAGAUGUUACUGUACAAAUUCCUGAUAAGAAAUCAAUUAUUAUGUACUUGACCUCCUUGUUUGAAGUCCUUCCUCAGCAAGUUACUAUGGAAGAUAUUCGAGAAGUGGAGACUCUUCCAAGAAAAUACAAAAAAGAAUGUGAAGAAGUGGACAUACAGAGUGCAACAUCCGAAGAGGACUAUGGAGGUUCCAGAGCAGAAACCCCCAGCACGGUGACAGAAGUGGAUAUGGAUUUGGAUAGCUACCAAGUUGCUCUGGAAGAAGUUCUCACAUGGCUGCUUUCUGCUGAGGACACCUUUCAGGAGCAGGAAGACAUAUCUGAUGAUGUUGAGGAAGUUAAGGAACAAUUUGCUACACAUGAAGCUUUUAUGAUGGAGUUGACUGCACACCAGAGUAGUGUGGGUAGUGUGCUUCAGGCUGGCAAUCAAUUAAUAGCCCAGGGCAAUUUGUCAGAGGAGGAGGAAAGUGAAAUUCAAGAACAAAUGACCUUGCUGAAUUCUAGAUGGGAGGCUCUCAGAGUGGAAAGUAUGGAUCGACAGUCACACCUCCAUGAUGUAUUGAUGGAGCUACAGAAGAAACAACUGCAGCAGCUGUCCGGCUGGCUGAGUGUGACAGAAGAACGCAUUGAAAAGAUGGAAUCUCAGUGCUCAGUGGAAGACUUGGAGACAUUUCAACAGCAGAUGGAGGAACAUAAAGUACUGCAAAAUGACCUCGAAGCAGAGCAGGUUAAAGUAAAUUCAUUGACUCACAUGGUGGUCAUUGUUGAUGAAAACGGUGGUGAGAGCGCCACAGCUGUCCUGGAAGAACAACUGCAGAGGCUUGGUGAACGUUGGACAGCGGUCUGUCGCUGGACUGAGGAACGAUGGCUCAAAAUGCAGGAUAUUAAUAUUUUAUGGCAAGAACUGUUGGAAGAGCAGUGCUUAUUGAAGGCCUGGCUAAUUGAAAAAGAGGAGGCUCUGAACAAAGUGCAAACAAGCAAUUUCAAAGAUCAAAAAGAGCUUGGCACGAGUGUUCGAAAGCUGACAAUCCUGAAAGAAGACAUGGGAAUUAAACGACAGACAUUAGAGCAGCUAAAUGAGAUGGCCCAAGAUGUCACACAGCUCCUUAACAGCAAGAAGGCAUUGAAGAAAAUUGACAGUGAUCUGGAAGAACUCACACAGAGGUGGGACAGUUUAGUUCAGAAGCUUGAGGAUUACUCUAAUCAGGUUACUCAGGCUGCUUCUAAUGUUGCGAUGCUCCAGAUUUCACCAAAGUUCAGCUCAGAAACUGUCCUUAUGAAAGAGCAGAGAAUAGUUAAGCAGUCUAAAGUGGAACAGUCUCCUCCAGUUUUCCUGCCAAAGAAAAAAGAAGCACGUCUGGAUACUGAAAUGAAAAAAAAGUUUGAUUCCGAAAUUGCCGAGCUGUUGAACUGGAUUUUGAAAUCAAAAGCUGCCAUUCAGGACAUAGAGAUCAAAGAGUACAAGAAGAUGAGAGAGACUUCAGACAUGAAAGAAAUGUUGAAGGCAAUAAAAAAAGAAAGGGCGGAAAAGAAGAAAACAUUGAAUGAACUCAGCCUGGCUAGUGAAAGUUUGCUGGAUCAAAUGGAAGAAGAGGGACUUCCUACUGAUGAUACAGCAAAUGCUAUAGAGAAGGUGUUGAUGGAAUGGAAAGGAACAGAUCUGCAGCUGGAAGAAGUAGCAAAAAAGCUGCAGUACCAGGAUGAAGUAAACAUCUAUGUUGGUGAAUUUGAUGAGUUUGAAAAAAAUGUGAGAGACAAAGAGUUAUGGCUGAAAGGCAACUCAAUUAUAUCAGCUCAGCAGCAACCUUUAACAACUCUAAAGGAGUCAUGUGAGCGGGAGCUCACUGACCUCUUAAGUUUGACCCCCAAAAUUGAACACCUCAAAAUGAAGGGCAAGGCUCUUUCAUCCCAGCCUGCUGCUCCAACCUUCAUUGAAGAUAAUCUCAAUUCUUUGACUGAGCGCUUCAAUUCCACACAGCAGAAAUUGGAACUUCUUCUACAGAGGUUGAAAAAAGUAGAAUGUGAAAGUCAGCCUUCUAAGGAUUAUUUAGAUGCUCUGAAACAACUGAAGGAGGAACUGAAUGAAUCAGAAAGCAAGGUGCAAUCCAUCAUGAAUACAGUGACUGACUUUAGUAAAGUUGAAAAAGCCUUGCAACAGACAAAGACAAUUUGUGAAACACUGGAAAAUCAGAAAACGGUGGUAGAUCAACUUGCUGCAGACACUCAAGCCUUAGAGAAGCAUAUUUCUGUUGAAAAAUCAAAGCUGUACAAGCAAGAAUUUAAAUGUUUGCAGGAAUACAGGGAUAAAUUAAAGCUCAAGGUUUCUAAAGAUAUUCAUCUAGUAGAAGAAAUAAUGUCUAAAUUGAGAAUAUUUGAGGCUGAUUCAAAAUUGGUUCAGAAGUGGUCAGAUGGUGCAAAAGACUUCUUAAUAAAAGAACAGUCCAUCCAAAAGGACCCUGAAAGCCUUCAAAGGCAGCUUGAUCAAUGUGUGCUGCUUGUUACUGAAAUGGAGAAGACUGACUUGAUUUUAAAAGAGAUGAAGGAAAUAGAGUCUUCUUUAAGAGGGCAGCUUGUCAAUGCCUGGGUGAAAUCAAAGCUGACAGAUGUCCAGUCACAGUGGGAGAAGCUGAGCAAGCAGGUCAUUAGUCAGAAAAACCAAUUAUCUGAAAGUCAAGAAAAAACUGUAAACCUCAAAAAGGAUUUGGCAGAGAUGCAAGAAUGGAUGGCGCAGGCAGAAGAGGAAUAUUUGGAGAGAGAUUUUGAAUACAAGAGUCCGGAUGAGUUGGAGAAUGCUGUGGAGGAAAUGAAGAGAGCAAAAGAAGAUGUGCUACAGAAAGAAGUGCGGGUGAAAAUUCUUAAAGACAACAUCAAGAUGUUAGCUGCUAAACUGCCAUCUGGUGGUCAAGACUUAACAACAGAGCUUAAUCUGGUAUUGGAGAAUUACCAGUUACUCUGCAACAGAAUCCGGGGGAAAUGCCACACUUUGGAGGAAGUUUGGUCUUGCUGGAUUGAGCUGUUGCAUUAUCUGGAUCUGGAAACAGCUUGGCUAAAUACUUUAGAGGAGAGGAUGAAAUGUACUGAAAACUUGCCAGAUAAAGUGGAAGCUGUCAAUGAGGCCCUUGAGUCACUUGAAUCUGUUCUGCGCCAUCCCGCUGAUAAUCGGACUCAGAUUAGGGAGCUUGGCCAAACCUUGAUUGACGGAGGAAUCCUUGAUGAAAUCAUCAGUGAGAAACUGGAGGCUUUCAAUGAAUGCUAUGAACAGCUGAGCCAUGUGGCAGUGAGCAGACAGAUUUCGUUGGAACAACAGCUUCAGAUGAUGCGGGAAACUGACCACAUGUUGCAAGUCCUACAGGAGAGCUUGAAGGAUUUGGAUAGGCAGCUAACAUCAUACUUGACAGACAGAAUAGAUGCCUUCCAAAUACCACAGGAGGCACAGAAAAUUCAAACUGAGAUUGCUGCCCAUGAAUCCACCUUGGAAGAGCUAAAGAAGAAUGUGCGAGCAUUUAUGCCAACUUCCCCAGAAUGCAGAUCUCCUCGUGGUGGGUCUCAUCUGGAUGCCUUACAGCGAAAGCUCCGGGAGGUGUCUACAAAGUAUCAGCUCUUCCAGAAACCAGCAAAUUUUGAGCAGCGUAUGCUGGAUUGUAAACGUGUUCUUGAUAGUGUAAAGGCUGAACUCCAUGUCUUGGAGAUGAAGGACAUUGAACCAGAAGUAAUUCAGUCUCACUUCGAUAAGUGCAUGAAACUCUACAAGACCCUCAGUGAAGUAAAACUUGAAGUGGAAACAGUAAUCAAAACAGGAAGACAGAUUGUACAAAAACAGCAAACUGAUAACCCAAAGAGCAUGGAUGAGCAAUUAACAGCACUGAAAUUUCUUUAUAAUGAUUUGGGUGCUCAGGUCACAGAAGGGAAGCAAGAUCUGGAGCAGGCACUACAGCUAUCAUGUAAACUCAAGGAAGUCUCCCUGUCUUUGUCGAAAUGGCUGGAGGCUACUGAGGCUGAGUUGGUACAGAAGUCCACUUCGGAGAGAUUGCUUUCUGAUCUGGACACUGAAAUUGCAUGGGCUAAGAAUGUGCUGAGAGAACUGGAAAGGAAGAAGGUUGAUCUUAACAGCGUAACAGAGAGCAGUGCAGCACUUCAGACCUUAGUGGAUGGGAGUGAGAUUAUUCUGGAAGAAAAGCUCUGUGUUCUUAAUGCUGGCUGGAGUAGAGUCCGGACUUGGACAGAAGAUUGGUGCAACACACUUCUGAAUCACCAAAGUCAGUUGGAGAUUUUUGACGAAACUGUUGCGCACAUAAGCACUUGGCUGUACCAAGCUGAAGCCUUGCUGGAUGAGAUUGAGAAGAAAUCAGCCAGCAAGAAAGAGGAAACAGUGAAGCGUUUAACAUCAGAGUUGGAUGAUGUUAGUCUCAGAGUUGAUAAUGUCCGUGACCAAGCUAUUACCCUGAUGAAUAGUCGUGGCGUGUCUUGUCGUGAGCUUGUAGAGCCCAAGUUAGCUGAAUUGAACAGGAACUUUGAGAAGGUGUCACAGCACAUCAGAAGUGCUAAGAUGCUUUUCAGUCAGGAGGCCCAUAAAACGGUUGUCAAGCAGGAGUCCCAUGGAACUUCAGUGGCUUCCACAGACCUAGAUAUAUUUGAGUCUGAGUUACAGGACAUGCUGAACAUAGUGGAGAAGCACAUGGAAUCAAAAGAAGAUCACGAAAAGUUGGAUGAAAAGAGGGCCCAAAUUGAGGAAAUUCUGCGAAAAGGUGAACAGCUGUUACAGCAGCUUACAGAAGACAGCAGGCGAGAGAAAAUUCGUUUGCAGCUUCUGCUUCUGCAGACCAGACAGAGCAGUGUCAAGGAGCUUCGAUCAUUACAAAAGAAACAGGUAAUGGAACGCUCACCUCCAUUGUCCCCAUAUACGACGGAACAAGAUAGUCAUUUGCAUUGGCUCAGUGAAACAACCACAAGUGGUUCUGGACUACAUGAUGUGGGGGAUGAGGGGAAACUACAGGCAAUCCCCCAGAGGAUUCAGGGUUCUCAUUCUUCAGUAAUUAGGACAUCUCCAUUCCCUGCAGAAUACUUGGUUGAAAUUAACAAGAUUUUGCUGGCUAUAGCUGAUGCUGAACUCUUGUUGAAUGCUCCAGAACUUCAUUCCGGUAUUUAUGAAGAUUUUUCCACUCAAGAAGAUUCAUUAAAGAGCAUAAAAAGCAUGUUAGACAAGCUGGGGGAUCAGAUAGCAAUUAUUCAUGAAAAGCAACCAGAUGUUAUAGUGGAAGCAUCUGGAUCUGAAGCCAUGCAAAUAGGAGAUUCUCUAACCCAGCUGAAUGCAGAAUGGGACAGAAUUAACAAGAUGUAUAAUGACCGUAAAUGCUGCUUUGAAAAGUCUGUCGCAGAGUGGAGGCAGUUCCAUUGCGAUCUCAACGAUCUGUCACAGUGGUUUACAGAGGCAGAAGGUCUGCUGGCUGAGGCCCACACCGCAGAUGGUAGACUGGAUAUAGAGACAGCAAGAAUACACCAGCAGGAGCUUGAAGAUGGAGUGAGCAGUCAUCAGGCCAGCUUUUCAGCACUGAACAGAACAGGAGAAGGAAUCAUACAGAAACUCUCCACUACAGAUGGAAGCUUCCUGAAAGAGAAAUUAGCUGGAUUGAAUAAACGCUGGAAAGCCAUCACUGCUGAAAUUAUGGAAAGACAACAGAGACUGAAAGGAGAGAAUCAACAAUUAAUAGGCUUCACAAGAAGGCUAGAAGAAUUUAGUUGCUGGAUGGAAAACAUAGAAAACGCCCUGGGAGAAAAACCCACAAUGAGCCAUGAAGAAAAUCUCCAAGAAUUAAUGGGCUUGAUUGAGGAGAUGGACAUGCAAGGAGAAAAACUCAAGUGGCUAAACAGAAAUGAGUCAGAGGUGCUUUCAAAUGAAAACAUUGGGCCCCAGGAAAGAGAGAAUAUUUCUGAUAGACUGAGGACCCUUGAUAUUAAAUGGAAGAAGAUCUUGAGGGAAGCACCAAACAGAGUGAGAGAGCUAGAGGCAUACAUUCAUCAGCUCCAUCUUGUGCCGCAGACAAAGCCUCCUGGUUACCCAGUUCUCCAAAAGGUGAUGCUUGUAUCCUCUGGCUCUGAAAAUCUUUCUCAAGCACAACCAGUGUUAGAAAUCUCUGCACCUGCUGAUCUUGACAAAACUACAACAGAACUGGCUGACUGGUUGGCACUAAUUGACCAAAUGCUGAAGUCCAAUAUAGUUACUGUGGGAAAUGCCGAAGAAAUCAAUCGGACAAUUGCACGCAUGAAAAUAACAAAAGAGGAUUUGGAACAUCGGCAUCCCCAGCUGGAUUCUGUUUUUACUUUGGCUCAGAAUCUGAAAAACAAAACGUCAAGUUCUGAUGUUAGGACAGCAAUCACAGAAAAAUUGGAGAAAGUGAAGAACCAGUGGGAUAGUACUCAGCAUGGGGUGGAAUUACGUCAACAACAGUUAAGGCGCAUGCUUUCAGACAGUAUGAAGUGGGAUGACCAGAAGCAAGACAUGGAAAAUUUGAUUGGACAAUAUGAAAUACAUCUUCAUGCACUUUUACAGAAUCCUAAAGAAAAGCUGACUAAACAAAUUUCUGAAAAUAAAAUGUUACUCCAAGAUCUUGAUAAAGGGGGCACCAAAAUUAAUUCAUUCAAUGAUCUUUCCAAUAAACUUCUCCAAGACUACAGUGGUGAUGACACAAGAAAGGUGAAGGAAAUUAUGGACCACUUGAAUACAUCAUGGAUUAACCUUAAACAAAGAACAUGUAAUAGGCAGAAUGCUUUGGAGGCUGACCUGAAGACAGUACAUGCCUUGCUCAGAGACCUUGAAAGUUUCCUGAAGUGGUUACAAGAAGCAGAGGCUACAGUCAAUGUCCUUGCAGAUGCAUCACGACGAGAACCUGCUGUCCGGGACAGCGCUGCUGAAAGAGAACUGAAGAAACAAAUAGAGGACAUCCAGGCUGAAAUAGAUGCCCACAAUGACAUUUUCAAGAGCAUUGAUGGAAACAGGCAAAAAAUGGUAAAAGCCUUGGGAAACUCUGAGGAGGCUGCACUGCUACAGCACCGCAUUGAUGAUAUGAACCAACGCUGGAAUGACCUUAAGGCAAAGUCUGCUAGUAUCAGGGCUCAUUUGGAAGCAAGUGCAGAAAAGUGGAGUAAAUUGCUGAUGUCAUUGGAAGAGCUUAUCAAAUGGCUGAAUCUGAAAGAUGAAGAUUUAAAGAAGCAGAUGCCUGUCGGUGGAGAUGUACCGACUUUACAGCAACAGUAUGACCACUGUAAAGCACUCAGGCGUGAAUUGAAGGAUAAAGAACAAGCCAUCCUAAAUGCUGUAGACCAAGCACGAGUGUUCCUCGCUGAUCAGCCAAUUGAAGGUCCUGAAGAACCAAGAAAAAAUUUGCAUUCAAAAUCAGAGUUAACCCCUGAAGAAAAAGCACAGAAGAUUGCCAAAGCAAUGCGUAAGCAGUCUGUUGAAGUGAAAGAGAAGUGGGAAAGCCUCAACGCCUGUGCCAACAGUUGGCAGAAACAAGUGGACAAAGCCCUGGAGAAGCUGAAGGAUUUGCAGUGUUCUAUGGAUGACCUCGAUGCUGACUUGAGAGAGGCAGAGAAUGUGCGGAACUGUUGGAAACCUGUUGGAGAGCUACUGGUUGACUCAUUCCAGGAUCACAUGGAUAAAACAAGAGUGUAUGUUUACUGUUCCCAGGCAUUUAGAGAAGAAAUUGCACCAAUCAACCUGAAAGUUAAAGCUGUCAACGAUUUAUCCAGUCAGCUCUCACCACUUGAUCUUCAUCCAUCCUUAAAGAUAUCACGACAGCUAGAUGAUCUCAAUAUGCGCUGGAAGCUUUUGCAGAUAUCUGUAGAGGAUCGCCUUAAAUUGCUGCAGGAAGCACACUGGGAUUGUGGGCCUGCAUCUCAAAAUUUUCUUUCCACCUCUGUUCAGCUACCAUGGCAGAGAUCAGUCUCACAUAACAAAGUUCCAUAUUACAUCAAUCACCAGACUCAGACAACCUGCUGGGACCAUCCUAAAAUGACUGAACUCUUCCAGUCACUAGCUGAUUUGAACAAUGUGCGAUUUUCCGCAUAUCGUACAGCCAUCAAAAUCCGGAGGCUACAAAAGGCAUUGUGUUUGGACCUACUGGACUUAAAUGCCACAAAUGAAGCUUUCAAACAGCACAAAUUGAACCAAAAUGACCAACUCCUCAAUGUUCAAGAUGUAGUCGGUUGUCUCACUACAAUUUACAGUGGAUUGCAAGAGAAGCACAAGGACUUGGUGAAUGUUCCGCUUUGUGUAGAUAUGUGUCUCAAUUGGCUGCUGAACGUUUAUGAUACUGGUCGGACUGGAAAAAUCAGAGUGCAGUCUCUGAAGAUUGGCUUAAUGUCUCUUUCUAAGGGCCUUCUAGAAGAAAAAUACAGAUAUCUCUUCAAGGAAGUAGCAGGGCCUACAGAAAUGUGUGACCAGAGGCAGCUUGGCUUAUUGCUUCAUGAUGCUAUUCAAAUCCCACGGCAGCUGGGUGAGGUAGCUGCUUUUGGAGGUAGCAAUAUUGAACCCAGUGUCCGUAGCUGUUUCCAACAGAAUAACAAUAAGCCAGAAAUUGGUGUCAAAGAGUUCAUAGACUGGAUGCGUCUGGAGCCUCAGUCAGUGGUAUGGCUGCCUGUUCUGCACAGAGUGGCAGCUGCAGAAACAGCAAAGCAUCAGGCUAAGUGCAACAUCUGCAAGGAAUGCCCAAUUGUUGGUUUUAGGUAUCGGAGCCUGAAACAUUUCAACUAUGAUGUCUGCCAGAGCUGUUUCUUUUCUGGUCGCACAGCAAAGGGUCAUAAGUUACAUUAUCCGAUGGUGGAGUAUUGCAUACCAACAACAUCAGGAGAAGAUGUACGAGAUUUCACCAAAGUGUUGAAAAACAAAUUCCGAUCCAAGAAAUACUUUGCUAAACACCCGCGGCUAGGUUACCUACCUGUGCAAACAGUCCUAGAAGGUGACAAUUUGGAGACACCCAUCACACUUAUCAGUAUGUGGCCAGAACAAUAUGAUCCCUCACAGUCACCUCAGCUAUUUCAUGAUGACACACAUUCCAGGAUAGAGCAAUAUGCCAACAGGCUGGCCCAAAUGGAACGGACCAAUGGUUCCUUGUUCACAGAUGGCAGCUCUACCACAGGAAGUGUGGAAGAUGAGCAUGCUCUCAUCCAACAGUACUGUCAGACUCUGGGAGGGGAAUCACCUGUGAGCCAGCCACAGAGUCCAGCACAGAUCUUGAAGUCAGUGGAGAAGGAGGAACGAGGAGAGCUUGAGCGCAUCAUUGCUGAUCUUGAGGAGGAACAAAGGAUGCUACAAGUAGAAUAUGAGCAACUAAAGGAGCAACAUCUUCGAAGGGGGAUGCAUGCUCUGAGCUCACCACCAGACUCGGCCGUGUCACCCCAGCACACAACUGAAGAAGAUGCUGAGCUCAUUGCAGAGGCCAAACUUUUACGGCAACACAAAGGUCGUCUGGAGGCUAGAAUGCAGAUUUUGGAAGAUCACAAUAAGCAACUGGAAUCUCAGCUUCACCGGCUACGACAGUUGCUUGAGCAGCCUGAAACAGAUUCCAGAGUUAAUGGAGGCUCUUCCUGUGCUUCACCUCAACAUUCUGCCCUCAGCUAUUCUCCUGAUGAAGAUGCCAAUUCACAGUUUAAUCAGACAGGUGUAGAUGACUUGUUAGUCCCACCUCAUGACACUAGCACAGAUCUAACAGAUGUCAUGGAGCAAAUCAACAGCACAUUUCCAGCUUGCCGCACAAAUCUUGCUGGCAGGCCACAGGCAAUGUGACGUUUUUGUUUUGAAGACCACACUCUUCCUGGCAUCAACUCCAUCCCAUUUUCUACAAACACCAAUAUCAAGUUCCAGUAAUCAGAUGGCUGCAUGGGACCUUGUAACAUACUGUUUAGCUCUCUGUGUUCUUAUUUCAAAUAGGAAGACACUUGAACUACCCAAAGAUGAAGAUGUUGUGGUUUUAUAAUAUUGUGUGUGUUUUUCCCUCUUCCUUCCCUCUCUAUGCAACUGUAAAUUAACAAACUGUGGAGUAUUUCAAAAUGGUUAUACAUAUGUCUUUGAUUUAUACAAUAUGCAGCAUCAGGAAAAGGGGUGGGGUUUAUAUCCAUUAUUUUUUGAUAUAGCUAAAGUGAACUGCAAACAGAGUUUGGAGCAAAGUGUUACAUUUAUACAUUCCUUUCAGGUUUUUGCAUUUAUUGUUUCAAGUAACGUCUUUUCUGACAGACACACAAACAUUAUUUAUGACAAGCCUAAAAGUAUCAAAAUAGGGACAUAAUACUGACUUAUAACUUUCAUGUUUAAGAUUGGCAAAUACCAUUUCUGGCUAUCUUAUAAGCUUUUGAGACUAUUUUGCCCCAUCCAAGCGCAUUCAAAUAAAAUAAAAUAACUGUUGACAUUAUUUUAAUGGCUUCUUUCUCCCAACUGACAAUAGAUUAGUCUUCUUCCUCAGAGUUUGUUCUGAUUUUAAAAUGUGACCUAAGCUGCAUUUUGACUUUGUACAGUCCUGAACAUAUGCGUGUUCAUUUUUCUGUGUGUGUGUGUGUGUGUGUGGACAUUAUGAACAAAUUGUGCCAAAUCUUGUUAAGUCUUAUGUUUAAAUACUUGCUGAGCCAACCUUAUGUUUAAAUUACCCAGUAAAGAGGGUAAGCUCCAGACCUGUAAAUUUGCAUGGGCAUUUGCUAUCAUUAUUAAAACACUGAUUUACUCUAUACUUUACAAAUGUUUAAUAAACAUUUUUUAAGGAUCCAAAUACUGUUGGAGAAAUUCCACUCUGAUUAUACAAACAAUUCCACUCAAUAUAAAACUGAUCAGCCCCUACCUAGGAUUUUGUUCUUUUUCCACCAUGAGGCCAAGUAGGACAUCUAAUAAUCCAUAGUGACACUGGAGUAAGAAAUGUAAUGCUAGGGUAAAGCUUAGUUCUCUUGAUGCAAAUGCCUUUUUAACCACUCAAUUUUCUUAUUUCUCACCUUUAAAGCUGAGCUGGUAAUAGUAACAGAUACUCCUGAAGGUAUUGUGAGUUUCAAUUACUUAUAUGUGUUAAAUACUCCAGUAUAAUUAAAAGUGCUAUCUGCAUGUAAAGUAUUAUUUUUUGAGGGGGGGCGGGGGAUUGCCAAAAGCAGGAAACAGAAAAGCAGAUUAAUAUGUGGGUUUUUCAUCUAGAAAGAAAUAUAUUUUGGUAUAGAUAUUUUGAGAAGGAAAGAAGUUUUGCAGAAAAGCAAAGCCAUGACCACCUUUCUACCUCAAAUCCAUGUUUUUUUUUAAAUAUUUAGUUUUGGAAACAGCUCAAUGUUCUGGUUUUCCCAAUGUAUUUUUGUUUUAACAGAUCAUGUUAAAGCAGGGGAAAAACUAGCUCCCCCCUUUAAGAAUGCUUUAGCAGAAAAGAUCCCAGUAAUGGAUAUGAUAGCUUUUAUGUCAUGAUGGAAAUGUUAUGUAUGGAUUGUUUUUUCUGCUUGUAUUUGUAUGCAAAUUCUGUCCUCUACUCUGCUGUCAAGUAAAAGCUACUUAAAACUUUACAUUGUAACAUUCUUCCUCUGAGAUGCUGAUAAAUAAAAGGAAUAUGUUGCAGUAACAUCUCGAAAAAAAGAUGUAGUUCGUUUGAAUAUUAUGGUAUUAAACUAUCACAUUUUUCCUUUUCUAAUCUGGUUACAUGGUGUGACUUCCA